GGGCCUGUGUUUCCGGUCUGCUGGUGUUUCCGUUUCUCAGCUUCAGCCGUCACUCUGCCGUUAGCUCCGUUAGCCCGUGUUAGCCUGCGCUGGCAGGAGCUCAGAGUUUUUCCAGAACCUUCAGAAGAACCGAACGGACUCUUUAACCCUCUCUGUCCGCUCCUCACACAGUCCGGACCGAGCUAGCUACGAGCUAACGCCGCUGCCGCUACACUCCCUACAGCUAGCUGUUAGCGGUUAGCUUCCUCUGCGGUAUUCUUCUGUGUUAAAGCUAAAGGCUGCUAACGGAGAGAGCUAACAGUGUUAGCCAGUCAGCUGUGAGUUUAAGGAGGAGUGAUCAGGUGAAAACAGCCGCGAGCAUGGACACACACCUGCACACCGACUAACAGGUAAGACAGCGACAUGACAACAGGCCCCCAAAAUACACACAAACAACAACAACAACACAACCUCCGAGUUAUCGAACACACCACGAUUAAUCGAUAACUCUAUAGAAUGACAUUGACGCGCAAACAGCUGACGUGUUGAUGUCACAUCUGUAAAGGAUUAGGGUUAACAAAUUCGAUUAAUCGAUUAUUUGAUCAUCACUGUUACAUCGAUUGUACGGUAGUCGACGUCAAUGUCGACGUUACACGUGGUACGAAAAAACUACAAAAGCUAAACGAUGCUAAAGCUAACAACAACCGGUGACGAUUCAACAAAGAGCGUGUGUGUGUGUGAAACAAAUAAACAAACAUGAUGUAUCGAUUAGAGCCAAUUAAAGGUCCGAUUGACUGAUCCAUCCAAGAUUAAGAAACACCUACUCUGUGUGUGUGUGUGUGUGUGUGUGUGUGUGUGUGUGUGUGUGUGUGUGCCUCCUCAAAGGUGGAGGAGGUGGAGAAGGUUCUGAAAGCUGGGAAAAGAGGCAGGUGGAGGUAAAACAAGAAGCAGAAAGCAACAGUUCAGCUCCACCUGCUUCCUCUCCAUCUUUGUCAGAGUUAAAGGGAUAUUACGGACUACAGCGGGGUGCCGCAGCUCAAGGAAGAACAUUUACGAUCAUUUCUUCAUGGAAAUACAAUCAGACUGAGACGCUAAGGCAGAAGAACUACCGCGUCUGCAGUGAAAAACGAUUAAUAUGAUGAUUAUUACUUAAAGAAAAUGAUAAAGAAAUGAUCAUAAACGUUCUUCCUUGAGCUGCGGCACCUCGCUGUUGUCCGUAAUGAACUAGUCUGAGGUCUCACUACAAACAAGCGUCUGCUGGAAGAGAGUAGGUGAGUUGUGUUUAGUGUCUUUGUUAAAGAAAUGAGUCAAAGUUAAAAAGAUGUUUGGUGUCUAGUACUAUGGCUGGGGCCCUAUAUGUACUAACCUCAGUAGAACAUGGUGUAGUUCCGCUCAGUAACAGAACCUUAUUGGAAAAUUAGCUGAUUUAACUUUACUGUGCUCUUGUUCAAAUAUAUCAACUCGACAGCACAUAAAUUCAUACCUGUUAACAAAAUCAUGAUUUUAUUGAUAAUUCGGCUCAACAAAAACACCUUUACCUUUUCAUUUUACUACAGUAGAAGUUUUUUGGCUCAGCUUAUAGACUACAGAAGCGGAGAAACAACCCUGCUUAAGUUUAUGUUUUCUUAGAGUUCGAACUCUUAAUAUAGUACUCUGGCUGUGACCCUAUAUGUCCUGUUGAUGAAGUUAGGUGCUGUUCUGAGCAUUAUUUGUGGCUAUAGAGUGGCGUUUUGGUCGAGCGUGUGUCUCUCUGUAUUUCUAUCCUGUGGUCGUUACUAAAGUUGGUAUAACUAGAGAAGCAAGCGGUCGACAACAUUCAUCUCUGGAGGGGGGGUCUAACUCGGUGUUACGGUGUGUUUGACCCUAACUUUGUUUUAUGCCAGAAUAUCCCUUUUAUUCACCUCCACAAACUGCCACACUGCUUUUUGUCACCACUUUCUUUCCACCUCCACCUUCUGCGUCACUUUUUUACCAUGUACCCUCACCUUUUCAGUCAGUCCAUCUUUUUUACCCUAACCUGCUUUUCACCCACUUUCUUUCCUCCGUGCUUCACCUCUAUCUGUUCCACCUCCGCCUGCUAACCUCCACCUUAGUAACCUCAACCUCUUUGGACCUCCACUGCCCCUUGCUCACUUUCCAACGAACACCUCUCCACUUUCUUCGCGUCCGCCUUCACCUCCACCAAACUCAUCUCCACCUGCUGACUAGAGCUAACAUGUAGAGUCUGUUAUUAUGAACUGUAUUCAUACACUUUGUUCUCUGCAUGUUCUUUGAACAGUGUGUGUGUGUGUGUGUGUGUGUGUGUGACCCUGUGCUCAGUAUCAGCUGCUCCUGAUUGAUAACAGCAGUUAACCUACAUCUGCACACUGAGAAUUCCUACACCUCCUGAACCGAACUGAGAAUGUCGUUCAACCUGAUUUCUGCUCUGAGUGUGUGUGUGCGUGCGUGUGUGUGUGUGUGUUUUCAGUGUUACUGAUUUUAAAUCAUGAACAUGUCUCUACAGCUGAGGUUUUAACAGAGAUCACAGUGUUGUACCUACUGUGGUUUUUGGUUUAUAAAUCAGUUUACACUCACACUGAAGACUCCUGAUCUGACAGAUGUUUGUUCUGGAUGUCGUCAAUAUUUUCAAACUCAUUUCUGCUGAGAAGGAAAUGUUCAGCUAUUAAACAGAUGUUUCACAAAGAGAGAAUAAAGCGGCCUGAACACGCUGAUCGAGAUCCAAAACUUUUGCCUUCGAAUGAAAGUUUGAUGAGAUAAAAUGAGGUUAAAACAGGAUGACUGAAACGAUGAAAAACGAUGAAAAACGGUCAACAGAAAAUCAUCAGAGCUUACCAAACCCAUCGUCUGACUACAACCGUGAGACACCAAACAUCCCAAAACCACACCCCUCAGAGACGACCCCCGGACAUGAUGUACCUAUUAGAAAUCACAGAUAUUGACCAUGUUUUAUGUCGAUAUUGAGAGAAAUUAAUUUUCAGUAUAUAUGGUUAUUGUUUUAUCGCCCAGCCCUCCCCUCCUCUCACCUUCAUGCCUCAGUUUGUUUCUGCAUUUUACUGAAAAACCGAAGUUUUCCCAAGUUUGAGACCUUAAUGAUAGUGAGGGAUCUUCGAGCUCCUGCCAUGAUGACAAACUGAGCAUGCUCUGUGUUGGAGGUUCACUUCUGUCUUUUGCAGUUUGUAUCUCCAGAGAAGGAAAAGUCCUGAACCAAAGCCACCACGUCUGAACCUUCGCAGCUCUGCUCCCGGUUUAUCCUUCACUGUGAGUCACUGAUUUAUGUAAACUGAUCAAUAAUCAAAGUAUCUAUGUUUGUUGUUCCUCCCACAGAGCGAGCAGUGUGCCGCACUCCACCAGCUGACUCCUCACCUGCAGGUUCAUCGCUCUGAUCAGAGGUCAGAGGUCAGCUUCUCCGUGGCGUCCUGCAGACAUGCCGACAUAAGCUCAGCUGACUCACGACCAGCUGCUCGUCUGUUCAUUUAUUGGUUUGUUUGGUGUGAACGUCAGAGACAGAGAUCAUGUCUGACAACGCGCCAAACAACAACAACAACGUCCCUCUGAACAAUAACAACAACAACAACAUGGGACCGAACCGGAUCAGGAACCCCAACAUGAACCAGAACCCCCUCAUCAACGUCCGGGACCGCCUCUUCCACGCCCUCUUCUUUAAGAUGGCCGUCACCUACGCCCGCCUGUUCCCUCCAUCCUUCAGGAGGGUCUUUGAGUUCUUCGUGUUGCUGAAGGUGAGAACGCCGCCGCUCAUUAACCCUUUCAGCUCCUCCCAGGUUUGAAAAAGGAGUAAUUGAACCCCAGACACCCAGUAUGUCUUUAGACUAGGGAUGUGGAGAUUAAUCGAUAUGGACCGUGGUCGCGACACAGACGUGCGAUUCAUUCAGUGUGUGUCGGUACAAUGACGGCUAAAAUUCGUGAUGCUUCAUUCGCUGCGUGUCUGUAUCGGUAAUCUUCGCAGUUGCAUCGGUUUUUCCAUGUUGUUCUGCAUUCUAUCAUGUGUUUCCGAGGCGUCUUGAAUGCACCAUCACCAUUUCGCGAUUUGUUUUGAAGACGGGCGGAAGCCGCAGAAGAAGAGAUUUUUGAUGCUCCACAAAAGUUCAAAUCCAACGUUCGGAAGUACUUCGGAUUUUACAAGAGAGAUGGUCAACUUGACAAGACGCACAUUAUUUGUAAAGAACGCCGUGGUUCUAAACCUCACAGCGGCAGCACGACAAAUAUGGCCGCUCACUUGAAAAAACAUGGUAUCGAUGUCACGAAAAUCGCUGCUACCGGAGUGCAGGAGGCGAACAGCAACACGGGUGAGAACGAGAAAAUCACAAAACACUCAAAAAAACAAAAUCGGAUUUCAAAUUUUUUUUUAAUUUUUUAAAAAAGUUUAAAAGUUUAGUUAAACAGGCUCAAUGUAAAAAUUUGAAUGCAGAAAAUGUAAACACAAGUUGUAAAUAUGUACAUACAAAAGUAUAAGUGAGAUAAAAUUAAUGUACUGGGAUGAGGGGUGAAUCGUGGAGUAUUGUAUCGGCAGGGAUUCAAUGUAUUGCCAAUCCGGCUGUUAAGCCAUGACGUAGCCGCGUUCUCUUUUUCCACUUCCGGGUCCAGCGGAGUUGUUGUUAUAAUGCCUCAGUGCUAUGUCCCUUGCUGCUUAAACUGAUCAGAGACAAAAACAGCGACUAAACUAUCAUUCUACAUAUUUCCUCCCAACAACAAAGACAACAAAAUAACUUCAUAAUUUCUGUAUUGUAUCCAUAGACUGUAUACAGUCUAUGAUUGUAUCACAAACACACGGCAUCACAUCCAUUCAUUCAUUGAAUUCAAAGCUUCGCGCACCAAAGCCUCGGGGUGUCUUUGGUUUAUCAUUUUACAUUUAUUGUCCACUUGAUGGCGCAAUAGAGCAAAUGAAGCACGAUCAUGAAGCUUCGGCCCAGGAGGCGAGUAAUUGAAUGGAAAGCUUCGAUGCUUCAUGAGGCUUCAUCUCGCCAUCACUAAAAUUUACGUUAAUAACUCUAUCCGAGUUGAAAGCUUUAAGUCCCUUUUUAACUCUGAGUGGUUCCCUUCUGAAAAAGGAGGUUAUUUUAAAGAGAUUCACGGGUUCCGCCAUUGUUGUUUUGAAUGGAGAGUGAAUGGAGGCUGAUUCCCCAUGGACCCGGAAGCCGCUCCGCUCACAAAAUGACGUCACGCUUAACAGCCGGAUUAUAUCGUAUCGUUGGCAGGACAUCGAGGUGGGUAUCUAAUCUAACAGUAAUGGAGAUGCACAUCCCUACUUUAGACUCAGUUUGUCUCUGAACUCGGGUUCAAGAUGAGUGUUAACUUCAGAUUAAAAGAUAAAUAAUUUACGACUAAUUAAUGAGAGUUUUUUUGUAAAGAGUUGAAUGCAGACAGAAAUGUUUUACCUUUGAGCGAAAGCGAAGGAGAGCAGGUGUGUAAUCUCAGUCCACAGAGGUCCAUGGUUAGUGUCUGUCGUCCAGGUCUUUGUCAUCGUUUCCUAACGCCGAUGUUUUCCUGAAUAUUCAGACUCGCCUUUCUUUGUUUUUGUUUUUGAGGAAAACGGUUUUAAUCUUCUUUUCUGUGUCCUGAGUUGAUUCCAUCGUUGUUGGCACUUUCUACAUCAGGGGAUUUUUGGAGCGCCUUCAGAAACGUUGGAACCACACACUCCUGUGAGAUUUGCAGCAGACCUGCAGGAUGCAGAUCCCAGUGUAGUCCUGGAGCCUACAGCCUCUGUCAGAGUGUUUAGAAUUCACACAGUUUCAGGAUCUUUUGCUUUUUCCCUCCUUAUAGAAGUGAUGGUGAAAUUACACCUGUCAUCUCAAGUAAUUUUGGACGUGCAGCAAGAAGUAACAGGAGGUUUGGGUAAAAAGAUCCAUUAAUUAAUGGUAUGAAAAUACAUGUGAGUGUAUAAACGAAUGAAGGCGGCUAGAAUUGAUUGUUCAGAUGAAGGACAGCAUCACCAAACGGAUCUGAGCAUGCUCAGUCUGACCCCGAUGUGGACGUUGUCGUGGUCUUUAUGAACAGUCAGCGUGAAAACAAUCCCAGAGUGUUCCUGUAAAUUCAGAGGGAGUGUAAUCUGCAGGAAUGAGGAUUAGACGGACAGAAAACGUACAGUGUGUGUUUCCCCAUCAGAUUAACAGCAGUCACACCUCACAGCUUUACCACUGAGGCAACACAGACUGACGAGUCUGAGCCGAGGCCGACGAGUCAGAACUCAGAUCCACGAGUCAGAACUCAGGCUGAUGGAUGAACGGUUCUGUUGACCUCUAAUGUCACAUGCGUCCUUUUUUUACUCUGACAGCAGGAGUCCGUUUCAGUGGUCAGAACAUUUGACUCCUGAAUGAGGACUGUCAGAAUAUUCCAACAUUGCUGCUAAAGCUCCUCAACUAGUUUAGAGUAAAAUUAAUUUAGGGUCAAACAACUCAGGACAGCACCUCACCUACUCACCUACUCUCUUCCAGCAGUCGCUUGUUUGUAGAGAGACCCCAGGCCUGUCCAUUACAGACUACAGCGGGGUGCCGCAGCUCAAGGAAGAACAUUUAUGAUCAUUUCUUUAUCAUUUCCUUGAAGUAAUAAUCACCAUAUUAAUCAUUUUACAGACGCGGUAGUUCUUCUGUCUUAGCGUCUCGGUCUGAUUGUAUUUCCAUGAAGAAAUGAUCAUAAAUGUUCUUCCUUGAGCUGUGGCACCCCGCUGUAGUCUGGCCUGAGGUCUCUCUACAAAGACUGUUUGAGCUGCAGACUGAAGAAGAAGAAGCUUUCUGAAUCAGCGUUGAUCUUUUCAUGAUUUAAACUGAAGCUUCAAAAAUCACAUUAAGGAACAAUAAAGAUUAUUUUUCAAACUGACACCCUGCUGUGUGCCGGAUUUCAAAAUAAAACACCGUUUUUAUAACCAUAAACAGACACUGACCUGAGAGUUUGAAACAGUAAAUAUAAAACUUAAAGGGAUAUUCUGGCGUAAAAAUAAUUAACACCGAGUUAGACCCCCCUCCAGAGAUGAAUGUUGCCGACCGCUUGCUUCUCUAGUUAUACCAACUUUAGUAACGACCACAGGAUAGAAAUACAGAGAGCCACGCCCUCAACCAAAACGCCACUCUAUAACCACAAAUAAUGUUCAGAACAGCACCUAACUUCAUCAACAGGACAUAUAGGGUCACAGACAUAGUACUAGCCACUACAGCGGGGUGCCGCAGCUCAAGGAAGAACAUUUAUGAUCAUUUCUUCAUGGAAAUACAAUCAGACCGAGACGCAAAGACAGAAGAACUACCGCGUCUGUAAAAUGAUUAAUAUGGUGAUUAUUACUUCAAGGAAAUGAUAAAGAAAUGAUCAUAAAUGUUCUUCCUUGAGCUGCGGCACCCCGCUGUAGUCCCUAAUGAACUGGCCUGAGGUCUCACUACAAACAAGCGUCUGCUGGAAGAGAGUAGGUGAGUUGUGUUUAGUCUCUUUGCUAAAGAAAUGAGUCAAAGUUAAAAAGAUGUUUGGUGUCUAGUACUAUGUCUGUGACCCUAUAUGUCCUGUUGAUGAAGUUAGGUGCUGUUCUGAGCAUUAUUUGUGGCUAUAGAGUGGCGUUUUGGUUGAGGGCGUGGCUCUCUGUAUUUCUAUCCUGCGGUCGUUACUAAAGUUGGUAUAACUAGAGAAGCAAGCGGUCUAACUGGGUGUUACGGUGGGUUUGACCCUAAAUUAAUUUUACGACAGAAUAUCCCUUUAAAAAGAACAAAAUUUUGCUCAAAUUGAUUUAUGCUGAAAUAAAAAUCCACACAUUGAGCAGCUGCAGGAUAUUUUUCCUCUCUGUAAUACAUUGUGACAUUAAAAAAAGACACAUGAAUGUUUUACCAUAUAAAUGUAUUUUUCCUUCUCCUUCAACAAUAAAAAUUCUCACAUUAUAUUAUUUGUUAUUUGGGACCUCCCCUCUGACUUUUACAGCACAGUGUCUCGAAUUCUCAGACUUCUGCUCCCCCCCAACCCCCCUUAGAGACAGGAGAGGAGGGGACUACAGGUGGAGUGACACGUUACGUCAAAAGUUCCAAUAAACAUGGUCGACUUUUUUAGAGGUGAUCAAUACUUCCUGUCAAUCUUUAAACCGUGUCCCAAACCCAGGAGGGCGAGUCCAUCAAACAGAGACUCUCCAUGUUCUUCUUCUACAGCACUACAGUACACCUGCACUGCCCAGAGGAAACACUGUGUGGCGCUCUUUCAGGGUGAAACUAAUCCGUGUGACGACACUCAACACUCUGAACCUUCUCAUCUUCUUCUCAGGCGCUCUUCGUCCUCUUCAUCCUCGCCUACAUCCACAUCGCCUUCUCCCGCUCACCCAUCAACUGUCUGGAGGCGGUGAGGGAGCGCUGGCCUCGUGACGGUAUCCUGCGUGUGGAGAUCCAGAGGAACUCCAGCCGAGCCUCCGUCUUCCUGCAGUACUAUGACUCCACCGGCCUGCAGGAGGACCUGGAGGCUGAGGAGGGAGGAGGAGGAGGAGGUGUGGCCGGGCUCAGCCUGGCUGCUCUACAGGAGGAAGAGGAGGAUGAGGAGGAGAUGACCCUGGAGAUGUUUGACAACAGCUCGGUGCAGGUGAGUGCCGCCGAUUCAGCUCACCUCACAGGGAACAGGUGGGAGGGGCCAGCAGGUGUGGACAGGUGCGACCCCGCAUCAGGUGUCUGACGUUGCUCCGCUCUGUGUGUUCCUGCCGCAGUUUGAGCUGGACAUCGAGCCUCGUCUCAAGCCGUCUCUGAUUGGAGGAGGUGUGGGAGGAGGAGGAGCAGGAGGAGGAGCUGGGGGAGGAGUCAACGACAGCCAGGACGUGUCCUUCAGCCAGACCACUAAAGGUAUGCAGCCACUGAGGGACUCAGUGUCUGAGCUGGAGAUGAUGACCCGAGCAGGUAAACCCUCCUCCUCCUCCUUCUCCUCCUCCUCUGUCCUCUUCACCUCCUCGUCCUCCUCCUGCUUUCCUUCUUCCUCCUUCACCUGGACAGAAACACCUGCUGUAUUAUUUCUUUGUUUGUUGUUUAAGUGACAAACAUUAUUUUUCCAGAGCUUUAGAAAUGAGUUGCAGUUUCCACUCACACCAGCAGGGGUCAGCAUGAAUCUGUUGAUUUGUCACGGUAGUUUAGUUUAUUUAUCCAUGGAGAUAAUACGUCACCGUCAAUAAUCAAUCAAUCUUUAUUUUGAGAGCAUCAGUUUGGUGCUUUAGAGCAGUGGUUCUCAGCUGGUCUCACUCUGGGAACCACAUUUUCCCGUGAUCUUUGAUUCACGACCCACUUUUACAAAAUACAUACCAAACAAAUUUAGUUUUUAUUAAAAAAAAUCAAAUCUUUAACAUAAAUACACCGUUUUUAUUGAGUAAAGGACGACAACUACUGAAGUUACAAAUACAGAAAAUAUCAAAUAUCAAAUUACACAAAAUGGAGACCAGCAGAAUGAAAAAAAAAGACUCUGCAUUCAGAGCAUAUUCAGAAGAACCUGAGGAGGACAAAAGGGAACAAAUAUCAAAUUAAAACAAAGACAUAAAAAAAAAAACAUGUAUUUUUACUGCAUUCAGGCCACAUUAAUGAGAAACUGAGGAGAACCAUGACGUAACGCGUGCCUUUCAAAAUAAGCUAUUUUUCAAAAUAAAAGACAUGUCAAACAUGUGAUAUUUACUGUUUUGACCAGCUGUUCGUGACCCAUCCAGAACGUGUCCGUGACCCACUUUUGGGUCGGGACCCACCAGUUGAAAACCACUGAUUUAGACUGAACUCUGUUUAUAUCAAUUAUAAGGACCUGACUUAAAAACUAAGUCACCUCCAGUGUUUUCCCGUCUUAAUCCACUAUGAGCAAAAAUCCUCAAAAACAUCUAUCAGGUCAGGCAGGAACUUUGAGCAGAACCAAACUGUUUGAUUUGAUGCUGCAGGAUUAUCCUGAUUUCAUCUGAUUAUAAUCCCAGUGUGUAAAAAUCUAACCUCACAGGGGGCUGCAGGGUCAGCGGUGUGUCUGCUCGUGGUUUGGUUUUCACCUGCAGCACGGCUCUUUGGUCACAUGAUCAGCCUGCAGUGCAGAGUUUUUUAAACUUUAACUGAAGUGUUUUCUGCUGAAAUACUCGGACUCUGCUUUAUUGUAUAUGUUUCAGUUUGAGGCCUUCGUCAGGGUCACUUUAAAACAUUUAAAUUUAAACAUUUAAAGUGUACAUCUACACACACGUCAGCCAGUGGGUUUACUACAAAGUAGGUUUGCUAUCAUAUCGUCUUGUAACUUCAGGUCAACUGUUGUCACAUGUUGAGGGUCCAGUUAGAGACAGACGGUGUUCAAACUGACUGUCAGAGUUCGUCUCUUUCUAGUCAAAUAUUUCUUUCUGCUUGAAUCGAGCGACACUGACCUUACAGGUCCAAAUCUAAACCUCCAAACUUUGCUUGAUCAGACCCUUGAAAUAACCACCACAUCUCGUUUCAAGAGUCCUCGGUGCAUUUUCAGAUGAAGUCUUUAUUUUUGGCUCUUAGUAACGACCCCCUCAGCAGCCGUGACCUCCAUGUUCAAGGACCGUCUGAAACCGUCUUUAAAAAGGCAACACCGAGAAAAAGAUGCUGCAGACACAUUCAGAAUCAGAACCAGAAUCACUUCACAUGUUGAUGCUGUCGUCUGACAGAUUUAAAGGUCUCACACGUCUCUCUCCUCUCCUACACCAACAUGUGCCAAAGAAAGAGCUCAGAACUGUGAAACAAGAUUUUCCUUUAUUUGAGUGGGCGAACAGAUUUUACUUCUACUUGAGUAAAGACACAUUAAAGUAACCUUACUUUUACAUGAGAUAGACUAUUACUACUACUACUACUGUAUACUUUUACAUGAGAAGAAUAUUAAAGUUCUCCAUCUGCCCCUAACCCUGACAGAGAUGCCAACAGGUCGGAGGCUGACGAGCUGCUCUGGCGGUGCAUGAAAGAAUAUUUUGGAUUCAGUGAAAGUGGCGUAGGACAGAUCGACGUGCAAAGUCAUGACCUUGUAUGGCAACACAACCAAUUUGUAUCAACAGCCGAGACAGUUCAGAGAAGAAUGAGAGAGAGAGAGAGAGAGCGAGAGAGCUCAGGUACGAUGAAGAGAGCGCCCGGGGCUGUCAGAGCCAAAUCAAACCACAGCCGAGCUCAGGUACGGUCUCAGGGGUCAUUUACGCCUGAUUUCAACACGCCUCCUGGGUGAUCGGAUCUCGUCUGGAUAGUUCUGAGUAUAGGUGUGUGUUCAUCUCUGAGUCUGAGUCUGCAGCCCAGAAAUCAGCUGAACAUCAUGUUCUUGUGUUUCCAACAUUCAGACUGCAUAAACUAAAUAUUUACACGUUUUCAGUGGAGAGAUAAUUAUCCCCGAACUCGAUAACAGAGUCGGCUCGUUAAUAAUAUCACAGUCCCUGAAGGCAGCGUCGUCCACUUUAGUCACGAUCCUGCAGCACCGUGUCGAACAGCUUUCUGCUGAAGCUCUGAUUAGAAAUCUGCUCCAUAGAAGAAAGUCAUCAUGACUCAGCUCAGAGGGUUCGACAGGUGACCGUCCUCUCACCUGUUCUCAUCAAACGACUGCACAGGUGUGACUGUUGAGUUUCCACCCUUUUUAUUUUACGAUUCUUUCCCUCCUCACCUCAAACAUUCAGAGACACACACAGUUCUGCCUCUCUGUCUCUGACUGUACCCGACUGUACUCUCACCCCUCUCUCUCUCUCUCUCUCUCUCUCUCUCUCUCUCUCUCUCUCUCUCUCCCUCUCAGUGUGGCCUCAGGAGGAGUACAUGGUGGAGUAUUCUCUGGAGUACGGCUUCCUGCGUCUCUCUCAGAGCACACGGCAGAGACUCAACAUCCCCGUCAUGGUCGUCACACUGGGUGAGACACACCUGUCUGAAUCACACCUGUACGCGCAGGGGGACUAACCCCCAAUUUUCACCGCAUCUGGAACAGCUCCGAUCCGGAAUUCCUACCGGAUCCGUUUGUGAGGCGAAUUUUAUGGAUUACAGGAAUCGCGAGAACUCACAAGAACCCGCAGAUUCACGUUCAAUCACGCGAUAACGAGUUGUCUCUCUAAAGACAGACACAUAGACAUAUAAGCAGUAGAUUGUGUCCUUCCAGAGGAGGAAAUCUACUUCUAGACUUCUAGAAUCAGCAUCUCCUCAUCCAUGGUGUCAUCGGGGUGAAAUGACGUCUAAAAACCUUUCACUUGUUCGUCUCCGUCCGAACAAAUGAAAGGUUGUGUUUUAUUUUGAAAAGAAGCCGGAUGUUUUAUUUUGUGUCUGUGCCCGACUUCCUGUCCAGCACGGGAAAGAAGUCGGUGUAAAUUGACACGUUUACUUGAAUGGUUACGAUCAGCUACGAUCGGAGGAUACGACCUUUUAGGAGACGAUCAGGAUGAAGGUGGAGGUCGGGGGUACGAGCACCAUUAAAGUAUGUAAAGUGUGGCCCCUCCCCCUCACUUCUCGACAGCCAUGUUGUUUAUUUUACAGCAGGCUGGAAAACGACCCCUGACCUCUGGGUUCCAAAAUCAAACAGCCUCUCGUUUAAAUUUAAUAUUUAUGUUGCGUUCAAGAACAUCAUAGAGACGCGGUGUAAGUUUACGCGCUCCAAAAACAACGACUCACGGUCUCGGCUUGGUUCUGGUCCUCAUCCCGGACUCAGGACGAUGCGAGUCGUCACCUUCAAGCAGGCAGAACUUUUCUUCAGGAGAUUAUUUCCUGCUGCGCUCGGCUGGAAUCAAACAGCUGUUAAAGCCCCAGACAGGUCCAAAGAGAAGCACGGCGCACAGACACGCCCACCUGUCGCCGCUGACAUCAGACUUGGGGAGGCGGGGUUGACGUUAAUCCGAGUGUCAGAGUGCGUUUGUAAACAUGACAUCAGCUCUGACGGCGGGUAAAGCUCUCGUCAGGUCUGCAUGUGUCGGUGUUUGUCACGGCUGGGUCGACCUUACAGUGUGUGUGUGUGUGUGUGUGUGUGUGUGUGUGUGUGUUCAGACCCAAUGAAGGACGAGUGUUUCGGCGAUGGAUUCAGUCGCUUCCUACUGGACGAGUUUCUGGGCUACGAUGACAUCCUGAUGUCAAGUGUGAAGGCGCUCGCCGAGAACGAGGAGAACAAAGGUGAGCCAGCACCUGUUAAGCUCCUCCCCCUCAGACAGAGUGUUUACCUGCGGGUGCUCAUGAUGUCACUGUGGUUCUCCGCAGGGUUCCUGAGGAACGUGGUCUCCGGAGAACAUUAUCGCUUCGUCAGCAUGUGGAUGGCGAGGACUUCAUACCUGGCAGCCUUCGUCAUCAUGGUCAUCUUUGUAAGUGAUGAAAUCAAAGUCACACCUGAGGAGGACAGGUGGGCCGGACUCAGAGCUCAGAAAUGAACCAAUCAGAUCGCAGGAAGCAGAAAGAUCAACUCCAGCUGAGUCAGACUGUAAACCGUGAAAACGCAGAAAAAUGAGCGGGAAAAAAACAACACGUGGUUUUUGCUGUAGUCCUGUUAAAGUCCUGGUCGGCUGAGCUGUUGAGGCAGAUUUGAAAAAAGCGUCCCCCCCCACACACAAACCUCUCCCCUCAAGGUUUUAGCCAAUCAGAGGCAGAGAAGGGUGGGAUGGGCUCGCCAAAAUCAGCCCAAAGAUGUUUUUUGUUUUUUUUCUGUGGUGCGUUCACUGGUCAUGUUUCUGCUCCGUGUUUUUCAGACUCUGUCCGUGUCCAUGCUGCUCAGAUAUUCUCACCACCAGAUCUUCGUCUUCAUCGGUCAGUAAAGAAACAAACAGACCAGACUAGACCAGUUCAGAUCUUUCCAAACCAGACCGGACCGGACUGGAUCUGUCCUGAUCGACUAAUUCAGACCAAACCUGAUCAAACCAGAUCAAACCAGAUCAGGCCAGACUGUCUCAGUCCGGUUCAUUAUGACCCAGAUCUGUUUGAUGUAAUCAGGUCUUAGUCAAAGGUCAAUUGGUCAUUGAUAAGGUGUUGAUUAGGUAUUGAUUUAUCAUUAACCUGUUAUUGAUCAGUUUUUGAUCUGUCCCCCUCAGUGGAUCUUCUUCAGAUGUUGGAGAUGAACAUGACCAUCGCUUUCCCAGCAGCCCCUCUGCUCACGGUCAUCCUCGCUCUCGUUGGUGAGUUCACAUCCUGAAAACAGAUCAGGUUCAGGACUGCCUCUGAAUCCAGAUUAUCAGGUUUAGACUGGUUAAUCUGGAUUUAGACGACUGUCCGACUUGAAUAUUGAAGUCUCCACGUGAGCUUCAGAGUAGAACAACAGUUUCUAAACUGUAGAGACGAGUCUUUGAGUCGAACCUAGAGCUGAGCUGUGAUGUCACUUCCUGUCGUCAGGCAUGGAGGCCAUCAUGUCAGAGUUCUUCAACGACACAACAACAGCGUUCUACAUCAUCCUCAUCGUCUGGUUGGCCGAUCAGUACGACGCCAUCUGCUGCCACACCAACACCAGCAAACGCCACUGGCUGAGGUGAGUCACAUGACCAACAGGACACACAUGUUUACAAAUGACCAUUAAAUGUAAACUGGACAGAAUCUGACCACCAGUGACUCGACUGUUUAAUGGAAGGGCUGCAGAAUAAUCCACAUUAAUUAAGUAAUCAUUAAAUGAUUAAUUAAAAACUUACUAACUUAAUAACUUACUUACUUUCUUACUUACUUACUAACUCAUUUACUUACUUACUUAAUUACUUCAGACUCACUUAAUUACAUACAUACUUACUGACUCACUCACUCACUUACUUACUAACUAAGUAACUGACUGAAUCACUCACUAACUCACUAACUUAUAUACUUACUUGCUUACAUACUGACUUACAUACUUACUAACUUACUGAGUUACUUACUUACUGACUUACAUACUUACUAACUUACUGAGUCACUUACUUACUGACUUACAUACUUACUAACUUACUGAGUCACUUACUUACUGACUUACAUACUUACUAACUUACUGAGUCACUUACUUACUGACUUACAUACUUACUAACUUACUGAGUCACUUACAUACUGACUUACAUACUUACUAACUUACUGAGUCACUUACAUACUGACUUACAUACUUACUAACUUACUGAGUCACUUACAUACUGACUUACAUACUAACUUACUGAGUCACUUACAUACUGACUUACAUACUUUCUUUCUAACUAGCUUACUUACUUACUCACUUACUUAGUAACUGACUGAAUCACUCACUUACUAACUCACUGACUAACUUAUAUACUUACUUGCUUACCUACUGACUUACAUACUUACUAACUUACUGAGUCACUUACUUACUGACUUACAUACUUACUAACUUACUGAGUCACUUACAUACUGACUUACAUACUUACUAACUUACUGAGUCACUUACUUACUGACUUACAUACUUACUAACUUACUGAGUCACUUACUUACUGACUUACAUACUGACUUUCUGACUAGCUUACUUACUUACUCACUUACUUACUUAGUAACUGACUGAAUCAGUCACUUACUAACUCACUGACUAACUUAUAUACUUACUUGCUUACCUACUGACUUACAUACUUACUAACUUACUGAGUCACUUACUUACUGACUUACAUACUUACUAACUUACUGAGUCACUUACAUACUGACUUACAUACUUACUAACUUACUGAGUCACUUACUUACUGACUUACAUACUUACUAACUUACUGAGUCACUUACAUACUGACUUACAUACUUUCUUUCUGACUAGCUUACUUUCUUACUCACUUACUUACUUAGUAACUGACUGAAUCACUAACUAACUCACUGACUUACUUAUAUACUUACUUACUUGCUUACUUACUGACUUACAUACUUACUAACUUACUGAGUCACUUACAUACUGACUUACAUACUUACUAACUUACUGAGUCACUUACUUACUGACUUACAUACUUACUAACUUACCUGUCCUACUUACUUACUCACUUACUUACUUAGUCACUGACUGAAUCACUCACUAACUCACUGACUAACUUAUAUACUUACUUGCUUACAUACUGACUUACAUACUGACUUUCUGACUAGCUUACUUACUUACUCACUUACUUACUUAGUAACUGACUGAAUCACUCACUAACUCACUGGCUUACUUAUAUACUUACUGACUCACUCACUUACUUGCUUACAUACAUACUUACUGACUUUCUGACUAGCUUACUUACUCACUUACUGACAUACAAAGUCCAGCUGAUCUCUGAGGGUUUUUAUUUUUCUCUUGGUCCUAGAGUCUGUGCGCUUCAGUCUUUUCACUUUAAUAAAUGUAUAAAUGUGAUGAGUGUGAUACCUGUGUGUUCGUACAAGAACAGUAGGAUGUGUGUCUGUGUUUGUGUGUGUGUGAGCAGUGUGUUUAAAGGUGUGUCUGUCUGCAGGUUCUUCUACCUGUAUCACUUCGCCUUCUACGCCUAUCACUACCGCUUCAACGGGCAGUACAGCAGCCUCGCGCUCGUCACCUCCUGGCUCUUCAUACAGGUACCGCCUUCAUAUCCUCACCUGCCUUUCAAAAUAAGAGCGCUGUGGUCAUAGCUGAGAGAGUUGAGUGUCAGGUUUACCCGUUUCCUCCCCUCUUACUCGUGUUUCCUCCUCUCAUCUUCGUCAGCACUCCAUGAUCUACUUCUUCCACCACUAUGAGCUCCCUGCCAUCCUGCAGCAGAUCAGGAUCCAGGAGAUGUUACUUCAGAACCAACAGGCGGGCCAGGCCAAUCAGACGGCCCUGCAGGACAACCUCAACAACAACCACACUGCUGCUGGACCAGGACCAGGACCAGGACCAGAACCAGGGCCAGGACCUGGACCUGACCCGGGGCCCGUCAGCACCCCUCAGCCCGGAGCUAGCACCACUUCUGGGCCUCAGACCGACGCCCAGCCCUCCUCCUCCCCACCUGCAGCAGGAGGUGUAGGGGAGGUGAGGUCCGAGCUGAACUGGGUCGCUCAGACUGCCGCUCUCAUCACUGAGGCUCUGACCUCCUCCACCCAGCACCUCCCCCCCUCAGCUGGAGGAGAAGGAGCCCCAGGAGGGCAGGAGUCAGCAGGAGCAGAGCUCAGUGUGGUGGCAGAGUUUUGGGUGGGAGGGGGAGGAGGAGCAGCAGGAGGAGGAGGAGGAGGAGGAGGAGGAGCAGCAGCAGGAGGAACAGGAACCUCAGGGGGAGGAGACUCAGCAGAAGUAGCAGCGAUAGGAGGAGAACCAGAUUCAGUAGAGAUUAAAACCUCAGCAACAGGAGAACUAAAUCCUCCAAUCAGAGGGCUCCCUGCAGAAGAGGCGGGGCCUCCAGCAGAGGGGGCGGGGCUCUCUGAGGUGUCCCCUGAACAGUCAGACUGCCCCCCCUCACAGAACCAAGGAUCAGACUGCAGAACAGCACAGAACCUGUCCUGA